AUGGGACCUAGCAACAGUGGCAGUCAUGGUGCGGGAAAGAAGCUCACCAUUGUCACCUUGUUUGUUGGUGGGUCUGAUUUUUGUGCUGCUGCUGCUGUUGAUGAUGAUGAGGAUGAUGAUCUCUUGCCUGGGUUCUACGUGGAGGACCUGUUCGUGAGGGAGUGUUACAGGAGGAAAGGUAUGGGGAGAAUGCUUCUCUCGGCGGUGGCUAAGCAGGCGGUGAAGAUGGGUUACGGCAGGGUCGAAUGGGUUGUUCUUGAUUGGAAUGUGAAUGCCAUCAAUUUCUAUGAGCUGAUGGGUGCUGAGGUGUUGCAGGAGUGGAGGAUUUGCAGGUUGACUGGUGAGGCUCUUCAGGCUUAUGAGAAUGCUAACAUGUAA